AUGCCCUCUCUGAGAAUACCAUCGAGGGUCUUGAAAGACAUGUUCAACUUCGACAUGAUGAACGCUACUUUCCUGGACGCUUCGGCGAGCACAUUUGCCCUGGUGGCUUUGUUUUUGCUUUUGUCGACGCACUGCAUCACCACCAUUCGAUAUUCGGUACAGCGGUUUUACGACCGCCGCUACAAGGGAAAAGAACCCUCGACACUUCCAUACGUGCUGCCAGGGGUUGGUUCAGCAAUCAGUUUGAUCAGAAAUCCUCACGGGUUCUUCAAGUCCAUCGUACAAAAGUUCGACAAUGGCGAGCCCAUUCGCAUGCGCCUAGGCAACGUCCACGCCUAUCUCAUCCACGGAACCAAAAAUGUCCAACAAGUCUUUCGAUGCUCGAAGGAACUCACAUUCGAGGAGUUUGCUCUCCGUGUUGCUCAAAAGGUCAAGCGUCUCCCUGCGCACGAUGCUGCCUUGGUAGCUAAGGAUAUCUCUGGCUCAUCUCGCUUGCCAUUGACUGAGACCCGAGAUGAAGAUCGUAUAUGGAGAAAGUUCCAUGAGAUCUACGAGCACCACCUUAUCGGCUCCACAGCUGUCUCGGCUCUUACCGAGCUGUUCAUCAACACCAUGAUCGACGAGCUCAGCACCGUUGCUACUCAAGGGCCAAUUGAGAUUGGAAUUGAUGAGUUUAUGAAGCAUCACAUGUUUCGAGCAUCGACAAUUGCCCUUGCUGGCCAACGGGUGUUCGAUGUUGAUCCCAACUUUGCUGAUGUCUUCUGGGACUACGACGAAGAUUUCAUGUCUCUCCUCUAUGGCGUCCCAAAGUUCCUAUGCCGCAAGGGCUGGAACGCCAGAGACAAAUGCUUAGAGACGGUAAAAAGUUAUCUAGAACAAGGGUGGCAGAACCUUGACUGGCAUGACUGCCACGACAAGAAUCCCGACUGGGAGCCCAACUUUGGAUCCAAGCUUGUUCGUGAGAGAGAGAUUGCAAUGGAGAAGUACGGCAUCGGUUUAGACGGAAGAGCAUCUUUCCAGAUGGGUCUCAUCUGGAGUAUAAACUCUAAUGCUAUCCCCAUGACAUCUUGGGUUAUCAUUGAGAUUCUUCGUCGACCUGACAUUUUCAAACGAAUCCAAGAAGAGGUUGCCACAGUUUUCAACAAGGACACCAAACAACUCGACAUCGUCGAGUUGAAGAAAUUACCACUUCUAAACUCUGUUUAUUUGGAGUGUCUUCGUCUCAGAUCAUCAGUCUUUGUUGUUCGCAAACUGCGAAAUUCUAUCGAGCUUGACGGCUACAUGCUGAAGGAGGGCAAUCUAGUCCUUGCACCCUCAUACCUCGCCCACAACGCCCCUGAAGUCUGGUCCUCAGCGUCCUACCCACCAGAGGAGUUCUGGCCUGAGCGAUUUAUCAAAAAGGGGCAGAGUGGAAUUUCAGCAGGCAACUACUUUCCGUACGGUGGCGGUGCUGCAAUGUGCCCUGGGCGCAACUACGCCAAGCAGGAGAUUCUUUCGGCGGUGGUUCUGUUUUUCACACAUUUCCAAGUAGAGCCAUUGCACUUUGUUGAUCGAAAUGGAAAGCCUUCGGACCGAGGCCCGGAGGUUGGUAAUGAGGCCAGGGGCGUUGCAAGGGUUGAUAGAGAUUUACGUGUUAGAUUACAGCGCAUUUAG